UCAUGCGGUGAAUCAAUCUUGGUGGCGAUCGAAAUGCGGCUGGUUUGCUUAGCUUCAGCGCUUAGGUUUCGCUUUCAAUCAUGGGGAUCAUCUAGGGUACACCAUGGGUCUAUUGCGGCAAUUGAUUGCAUCCUCUCACGGUGGAAUUCUGGACAUGUUCACGCAACAACGCCGCCAGUGUUUGAUUCGAAAGUUGGAUUCACGGACUACGAGAAAGAGCGGAGAGAAUUUCGCAUCAGAGUUCCAGAAUACUUUAACUUUGCCAAUGUUCUUGAUGAAUGGGCGCAAAAAGAGAAGACAGGAGAACGAACAGAAAAUAACCCAGCCUUCUGGUGGGUCGACGAUAAAGGAAAAGAAAUAAAAUGGUCAUUCCAGAAACUUACAGAAAACAGCAGAAGAACUGCGAAUAUUCUAGCGGGUGCAUGUGAUGUCCAGAGGGGGGAUCGUGUCAUGGUCAUUUUGCCGAGACUUCCAGAAUGGUGGCUCAUCAACAUCGCUUGCCUACGGACAGGAACUAUUAUCAGUCCUGGAUCAACUCAGUUACGAGCGAAAGACAUCGAGUCACGGCUGCUGGCUUCUAAGGCGACUUGCAUCAUUGCAGACCAGGAAAGUGCUGCGUUCGUCGAUGAGGUUGCUAAUUGUUCACCAUAUUUGAAAUCUAAGUUACUCGUGAAAGAAGAUGAAAAGACUCCAGACAGGAGAGGGUGGCUUCCUUUCCAAGACCUCUACGCUCAGGCUUCAAAUGAGCAUCAAUGCGAAGAAACACUGAGUAACGAACCAGUGACAGUGUUUUUCACAAGUGGAACAACAGGACUCCCAAAGAUGGCAGAGCACACACACGCUAGUUGUGGUUUGGGGCACAUUACAACUGGAAAAUUUUGGUUGGACAAUAUUCCAGAGGAUGUCCAUUGGAACCUCUCUGACACGGGCUGGGCAAAAUCUGCGUACAGCAGCUUUUUCGGCCCAUGGUCUCAAGGUGCCUGCGUAUUCGUGUACCAUAAGGCACGUUUUGAGCCCGUAUCUAUAUUAGAUGCGCUGCAAAAGUACCCAAUAAGCACGUUUUGCUCGGCCCCCACAGCCUAUCGAAUGAUGAUCCAAGAGGACCUUAGCAAAUACAAGUUUCCGUCAUUGAGGCACUGUAUAAGCGCAGGAGAGCCUUUAAAUCCUGAGGUCGGAACUGAGUGGCGAGAGAUGACUGGGCUGGAGAUAAGAGAAGGAUAUGGUCAAACUGAAACUACCCUGCUGUGCGGCACCUUUCGUUGCCUCGAAAAUCGGCCGGGAUCCAUGGGUAAGCCCGCGCCAGGAUGCAACUUAAAGAUUGUGGAUGAACAAGGGAACGAAUGCCCGGAUGGAGUAGAAGGUGAAGUUGUUGUGGAAGUUUCAUCAAACAGACCUGUGGGACUUUUUAAUCGCUACGUGGAUGAUCCUGAUCGAACAAAUGCUGUGUUGCAUGAUAAUUUCUAUUGGACUGGUGAUAAAGCUUACAAAGACAAAGACGGCUACUUUUAUUUUGUUGGUCGAUCUGAUGACGUCAUACUCUCAGCGGGCUAUCGAAUUGGUCCAUUCGAGGUUGAAAGCGCCUUGAUAGAACACCAAGCAGUCGCAGAGGCAGCUGUUGUCAGUAGUCCCGAUUCCCUAAGGGGGGAGAUUGUGAAAGCCUUUGUUACUCUCUCACCACAUUUUACUGGAGACCGAGAAGCAUUGGUCCAGGAAUUACAAGACCACGUGAAAGAAACAACAGCACCGUACAAGUAUCCGAGAAAGAUUGAGUUUGUGGAUAGCUUACCCAAGACAGUCAGCGGCAAGAUUAGAAGAGUAGAACUGAGACAGAAGGAAUGGUCUUAAAUGAAAUAUAAUCAAACAUAACUCACUAUUUGUUACAAAAAAAUUUAUAGCAUUAUCCUUCGUAAGCAUCUAAUUUCUAACAACACACGGUAGAUAAUGACAAUUGAAAUGAGUAAAGUGCAGUUUGUACAAGUAAUCACCUGAUUUCCGAGGCCACCAUAUUUUGGUAUGCUUUUGCGACACAGAAAAACCUGUCCUCUCUAUAAAGAAACCGUAGUAAACUGUUUUCUACGACAGGCGUCGACAAACACAAAGGAGUACAACUGAUUUGGAAAAUAAAGCGUUUAAACAAUUUUUAGCUAUCAUUAUUAUGCGUUACAAUACAUUAGCUGCUUCAGUGUAACUAUAACAGUGCUCUCAGGAACUAAACAAGAAAAAGUUUUAAAAAAUGACGG